AUGUCGACAACAGAAGAACAAAAAAUACUCAUAGAGCUCGAAACGAUGCCUUUCAUUGUUGGACCAACUGAAAAUGGACAAGAACGGAAACAACAACAAUUUGAUGAUUUGAGAAUGAAGGAUGGAGGGAGCGGAGUUCAAAACGGUCACAGUGAUACGAAAUCAGUGAUGAGUACUGUGAUUUCAAGGAAAAAUGGAAUAUCCGCAACUUCUGGACUGAUCAACUUUAUCUGUGGAAUGAUUGGUCCUGGAUGUUUUUCAUUGGCAGUCAGCUUUAAACAAGCUGGUCUUUGGGGUGGCCUCGCAUUGGUAUUCAUUGUAGGUUUUCUCAGUCUCUACAGUAUGCAUAAAAUAGUCAGCUGCUCGCAGUUUCUGGCAAAAUCAAACGGAGAUCAAAGUUUGGAUUACGGUGAAAUGGCGGAAGCAGCCAUGUUAAACAGUUAUAAAUGGGCAAGAAGGCAUGCUAAAUUGGCAAAAAUAGUAGUGAACGCAUGUCUUCUGGCAUUUCAACUCGGAGUUAUCACAGUUUUCAUGGUUUUUGCCGUUGAGCAUGUGAUUGAGAUCUGGGAAUUCAUUGCCGAUUCUCCCCCUCCAUUCUCCAAAAGUGUCAUGAUUCUGAUGUAUUUUGUUCCUCAAAUGCUGCUCAAUUUCAUCGGGCACAUGAAAUUGAUCACAAUCCUCUGUCUUUGUGGAAACGUCAUUAUUUUCGCUGCAAUUGUUCUCAUUACAAAGGAAUUGAUGAUGCAUAAAUGGUAUCCAACGUGGGAAUUGAAUAGUGUAACUGGAAUCGAAGGAAUCUCACUGGCAGCAGGUGCAUUGAUCUACUCAUUCGAAGGACAAGCAAUGGUUCUGCCACUUGAAAAUUCACUGAAACGACCAAAAGAUAUGACUGGAAUGACUGGAGUUCUGUCGACUGCAAUGAAUCUUGUCACUGUUUUAUAUGCAUUCCUUGGAUUCUUUGGAUAUGUCACUUUUGGACCUACUGUACAAGGAAGUUUGACACUUAAUUUGCCGAAUUCUGUUUUAACCGUUUCGAUCAAAGGACUUCUCGUCUUGAAAAUCUUUUUUGGAAGUGCCAUCCAACUCUUCGUAAUUGUUCAAAUGCUUCUCCCGAGUCUUAGAUCGAAAAUAUCAGAAGAUAGAAAAAUGAUUCACCGAUUCCUUCCGUACGCUCUCCGUCUUGGUCUGAUGCUUGUCUCAUUAUGCCUCGCAUUGGUCGUCCCAAAUCUGAUGCAAAUCAUUCCGCUCGUUGGGAUCACAUCUGGUCUUCUCAUUUCUCUGAUUCUCCCGUCUUUCCUCGAUUGUAUGGUUUUCCUACCAGUUUACAAGAAACAAGGAGAAAUGUUCAAAUACUACCAAAAAAUGAUCAUCAAUCUCUUUUUAUUCGUCCUCGGAUGGCUAUUCCUUGGCUCUGGACUCUAUUCAAGUAUCGAUGAUAUUAUCAAUAAUGACGUCUGA